AUGGCAACUGGGGUGCAAUGUGUUUUGAUUCAUUAUCACUUACAUCCCCCGGUCUUCUACAUACAUUUCAUCGCCCACCAGAACUUACACAAUGAUCCGAGUUGCGAUGGACAGCCACCGACCAAUCACUGGACCCUUUUCCUCCAAACAAUUGUCCCUGGUGAAGUUGGGAGACCUGGUAUGGUCGUUCGCGAAGACGAAACCUGCAAAUUUACAGACGAUCACAUCUACAAGGUGUCAACGGAGGCUGCCUGUGGAAUCACUGUGGAGAACAUUCUCACUGUGAUUAUCAAGCAUAAAAGGGACAACUAUAUUUUCGCACCCAUCGGAGAGGGAUGUGGAUACUGGUUGCAUACACUCGCGCUCGACCUUGCCAAUGCGAGCAUUAUCUCAACGAGCGCUGCAAAUGAGGCCAGAGUGGCGCUGACCAAGUACUGGCCAUAUCUGCCGGGUACUGCACCUCAGGAGAGGGCCAUGGCAGUAGGCCGAUUCUUCUAA